UGCAACUUCUACAUGUAGGUUAUGUUAAUAUUGUGACCUAUUUUCACAGCUAGUUUUAUUUAAUAAGCAUUUAUUUUGCUUUUUCCAUGACUAUGAAUAAUGUUGUGAAAGAUGGCUACACUUUUUACACCAAGCCAGGGGGAAAGAAGCCACAAAAGAAAUACGCAGUGCUGCACAAACGAUUGCAAAAUGGAAAACCUACGAGACUUGAACUUUUUGAUAGCAAGGAGAUUUAUGAAAGAAAUGGAAAGAAGCAAACUAUCAGCUUAGAAAAUGCCAGUCCCCUUGAAACGGAAAUAAACACUUUAAUGAUUAAAAUCCAUAUAGAUGGAAAAGUUCAGACUUUCACUUUUGAUAACGGCGAUGAUUACCAAAGUUGGCUGAAUGAUCUUAAUUUUACUUUAUUUGGACAUAGCCCAGAAACAGAAUAUUGUUCUCUCUAUGAUGACGACCAACUUUAUGAUGUUGUAAUUCAUGAUACCGAUGUGACGCAACGACUCAAACUAAGGGGUUCCUACUUUCUCUACGUUUCAACAGAAGAAGUUGAGCUGCUAGAUAAACAAACAAAGAAAUCGGUCAUAAAGUGGCCACUUUAUCAGUUAAGGAAGUACGGCCGAGACAAGCAAGAGUUUUCUCUUGAAGCUGGCAGAAGAUGUCCUUCUGGCCAAGGAAUGUUCACGUUCACAACUGAUCAAUACAACUCUAUAUUCCGUGAAGUAGAAAAUAAUGUUAAAGCCCUUGCAACCAGAGGAAGAGCUGCAAGUACCUCCAGCACAAACAGUUACAUUCAUCCUAAACCAUCUUUCCCCAUGGCACCCUCAUCUCCGCGUGUACCAACACCAGCUGUCUCACUUUACGAUGAUCCUAUUGAUGUGAGAAAGGAAAGCAACAAAGGGGCAACAGCGGACGAUACUUACACUUAUAAUGAACCACUGGAUACACAGACGAUGCCUAAAGUCAAACCUCAAGUAUCCUCCAAACCACCAAAAGACAAGAAGACGAAAGGAGCCAAGUUUGUGCCGAAGUCAAAGGAAGGUCCCAAAAAACCACCUCGAAAAGUUGAAAAACCUUCCCCCAGUAUGGUUAACGAUGUCACAUAUGCGGAAGCAACGUGUAUGGGUGCACAGAACUCUUCAGCAGCUGAAUACAGCCACCUUAACCUUGCCCCUACUGUUAACGACACAGAAUACGAUUCAAUUUCUUACCCAGAUAAAAGGAUGGGCAACCAAGCUACGGCAGAUUCCACAUAUGCUACAACCGGUGAUUUCUCAGGAAGUUAUUCUGGAAAUAAUCCUCAACAAGAUUCUGUGUAUGACCACGUCCAGCGCUGAUCACCGUCAUCAACUUGCAUGUAGACCCACAUCUGCGCUUCAUGACCAUUAUUCCCUGUGCCUCUUCUCACAUUUUUUUGCAAGAGUCUCACAUUUUUUUUAUCCUUGACCACAAUCUUCAAAUCGUGAUUUGUAGUAAGCGACAUCACGUGUCACUCACUGUUUGUAGAACGCGCGCUUUUAUUUAUCCAUUGUUCUCGUCCAUGCUCCAAUCAUUUGUUUAUUUUCUUUGAUUUCAAGUUAGGCGUAUACAGCUGUAUACAGGUGUUUUACUUAGACUCUGCCAAAGUAUGAAACUUGGCUGAUAUAUCACUUUCCUGACACCAUUUAUUUUGGUUUUUAAAAGUUGUUUGCGAUUUCCAUCAAAAAUUAACAUUUUAUUUGUGUAAAUACUUCAGUAGACUUUGUUUCAAUUAAGUCGCCAUUCUAUUAUUAUAGCACUUACAUAUAUAAUAUGGAGAUUAAGACACAAGUGUUUACAUGCAUCCUUGCAGAGACCAAAAUUGGGAUGUGACACACACCAUUAAUUUACUGUGCAAUAAAUAUGUAUUCUGUCAAA